AUGUCUGAUGCCGAUAAUUCGUUUAAUCGGUUGCUUGAAGAAUGGUACUCAUUGAAAGAUGAGUUUGAAAAGAUGGAGGACCCUCACUAUGUGUAUUUGAGCAAAUUACACGAAGUAUACAAAUUACAAGAAGGAUGCCAGAAAGCAGUAAAGCAUGGCAUGUACCGAAUAUCGAAAAUAAAGGAUUCCUUGAAAAUUGUGAAAAGCAAAAAAGAAAUUAAAAAUUUAAAAGAUUUGGAGAAAAUAGAAGAAGGUGUCGCCGAAUGGGAAACAAGAUUGCGUGGAAUGAAGGGGGAACUGCCUGUGCAGGAUAAUGGAUUAUAUCUAUCCGUUAUUCUUGGCAGUAAUUUAAACGUUUCGCUGAUGAACGAAAAUGAUCGAUAUCGCUAUAAACAAGAAUAUGAGAAAUUCAAAGUUACAGUAAACUGUGCUUUACUUUUUCUUCUAUUUUUGGGUUUUAUCUUUACGUCCAGAAUUCUCGACUUUAUCAUUAAUUUCGUAUUGGUAUGGUUUUAUUGCACUUUAACAAUACGUGAAGCAAUAUUAAGAAUCAACGGAUCAAAGAUCAAAGGUUGGUGGAUACUUCAUCAUUAUGUUUCAUGCGCGCUUAGUGGUAUAACAGUGACAUGGAGAGAUGGUCAAUGUUAUGGAAUUGUCCGAAAUCAGUUCAUAAUAUUUCUGUUUUAUCUGUCAUUUGUGCAGCUGCUGCAGUUCAGAUAUCAAACUGGCUGUUUACGACGUUUGCACUCAUUGGGACAAAGACAUAGUAUGGAUAUAACAGUUGAAGGGUUCAGCAGUUGGAUGUUCAAAGGACUGACUUUUUUGAUACCGUUCCUUGUGCUUACUUAUAUCUUUCAGUUUUAUAAUUCCUACAAACUGUAUUAUUUGUCAAAAACAGAGUUCUGUACAAAUGAAUGGCAGGUACCAGUCCUUUCAUUUGGAUUUUUCUUGGUAGCUUGCUGUAAUAUGUAUACGCUGCUUCUUGUCCUUGUAAAUAAAUGGAAACAAAGUGAUAAAAUUAAGACAUUAAUCGCUCUUCAAGCGAAAAAUUAUUCCAAUUUAUCUGGCAAAAUAGAAUAA